AUGGAAAACAGCUGGUUGAAAGAUUUGGGGUUGAUUAUUGCAGCUGAUUUCGGCAGUGCAGAAGUGCCAGCCAUUUUUAUCUUUGGUGAUUCAACUGCUGAUGUUGGGACUAACAAUUAUUUAAAGCUGGAGCUGACAACCGUUAUUAUGGAAUUGAUUACCCUCACUCGAAACCAACUGGGAGAUUCAGCCAGCAAUGGCUUUAACACAAUUGAUUUAGUUGUGAGGCAAUUGGGUGAUUUCGAGGAGAGCCCGCCAGCUUUUCUCUAUCUGACAAAUGUUGUCCCUCUAGGGAAACAAAUUGAACAAUUCGCAACAGUUCGUGGAAAUAUGACGGAGUUGCUAGGUGAAGCAAAAACUGAAUCUCUGCUGGCUAACUCCUUGUUGUACAUCAUAAGGGUGGGAAGCAAUGAUCUGCUUGAAUAUGUUCGCUACGACUUCAAGAACAAAUCAUUUGCUCUUCACCGCCUUGCUCUAAGUAUUCUACGCAUCAACUCUCGACCUUUUGUGAAACUUCAGCUCUUCACUCGGUGGAGUGAAGUUUUCGCUUGGAAAUGCGUACGACAUAGCCACGGAUAUCUAUUAUCGGCAAUCCUCUUUCACAUGAAGCCUGCUGCGGGACAGGAGCCCUUCAAUGGAGAAGACAAAUGCACCCCGCAAUCCAAGCUUUGCCAGAAGCGAAAAGAUUUCUUCUUCUGGGACUGGUAUCAUCCCACUCAAAAUGUUUCUUAUUUGGCGGCCAAUAAACUAGUUUAUGGAGGAGAGGCUGAUGAGUAUGUUACCCCUAUCAACUUCAAUCAGCUGGCUUCUAUAUAG